AUGGAUGCCAUUUUUGAAAAACUGGAACAAGAUCGGCAUAUCAGUAGUUACAACGAUGGGAUCAUUGAACACAACUUGAAAACUAACGGAUGGAACAAUAUUUUCUUUAUCGGGACUUUACCAAACGCAUUAUUCGAAAAGUUAAAGAGAUUGCCGUUUACCAGCACGGUUUCCGAUAUAGACGAACAUGAUGAGCAAAUCGAAAACGUCGUACCUUACCACUCUAACGUCAUUAUAAUCAAUUGCUUAAAUUUCAAAGAGUUUGAAGACGCAAUGACAAAAACAAUAACUCUGGCAUAUUGGCAUUCCCUUGCAAACAUCAUUGUGUAUUAUCAUGCACCAUACGAGAAAGAGGUAGUAGCGAAAAUAUUUUUCAUCUUCUGGUACUAUAGAGCUAUUAAUGUUGUUAUUGUCCAUUGCAACGACACAGAUAAAACAAUGAUGCUGACCCGUUUCAGCCCUUACAUAAGUGAAAAUUACCAACUCAGUAAUAUAUUUGGGUGUUGGACAGCAAAUAAAAUAGGCAUGUCCAUUAAGAGCUUCGCAGAUAGCUUCGUUUGUGUAAAUAAUUGCCAUAAUGUGACACUCCAUUCUAAAUUGAGAUCUAACAAUCUCGGUACAUGUAUCGGAUUUGAAACACAUUCAGUAUCGUAUGAAGAUGUAAAAGAAAUUCAGUACCUGCCACUGUUUGAAGAUAAAGGGAAAAAUUUGCAUGGGUUUACACUUCGGGCAUUUAGUAUAGAAGUGCUGCCAUUCCUUGGCAUAAAAGAGCAUGAAAACGGAACCUACACUCUUUACUGUAGAGACGGAAUGAUCUGGAAUACCAUGGCAGCAUUAUUGAAUUUUAGUAUUGAUCUUUCUUCUGGAAUAGAUAUUAUGAAAGAAGACUUUGACUUCGAAGUCCAUAUCCAGCGAGUAUUUUCAUUUAUUCAAAGGAAGGAAGAUUUGAUAUUAUUUCCGAUUUAUCAAUUUGAUAUAAUUAUAGCUGAAAUAGAGUAUACGUUUCCACUAAUAGAUAGCGGUGUCUGUUUUUUGUCAAAACGCGCUGACUAUGAGACCAUCAUCUUCAAUGCGAAACUUAUACAAAUGAACUUAAGUAUUAUAUUUCAGUUUGUAUUGUGUUUCCUUUCCACUUGGUUUGUGUUUUUUAUCUUUAAUUUGGAACAUUUCCAAAAAUGUAGCUUUGAUCAAGCUGGAAAAGACUUGAUAAACACUUUCAGAACGGUUUUGUCUAUUAGUAUUUACAAUCCUCCUAGAAGACUUUCGUUUCGAAUAUUUCUGUCGAUAGCUAUAUGGAGCUUUUUUGUAAUUAACUUUAGCACGCAAGCGGCCAUAAUUUCUUUGUUUUCUGCUCAUAAGCGUGGAAAAGACGUCGAUACCUUCGAAGAUGUUAUCGAAAAAGGGUAUAAAAUUCAAGGAAUGGCGUCGCCAGACGUUGUCCUUCCAGAAACGGAGGAAAAAUAUAUAAUCAUAACUUCUAGAAUGGAAGCCGUACCAGACAUGUUUACUUGUGUGAAGCAGAUGCUUAAUGACAGUCAUCGAUUUUGCAUCAUAGACUGCGCGAAUGGCCGGUAUUUAAUGAGAAAUAUGUUAGAUGAAAAAGGUCAACAAUUCCUUCAUAUAGCUACUGAUGCAAGAAUUCAUAGUCAUUAUUUAAACAUGGUGUUGCAUAAAAAUAGUCCGUUAGCGGAACACUUUAAUAAAUAUAUGAUGAGGUUAUUUGAGGCGGGUAUGAUAUGGAAGUGGAUGGAAUACAGAUUUAAAAAUAUAAAAGAAGAGGUGGCGUUAGAACCUCUGGGAAUGAAAGAAAUGGAAGGUAUAUUCAAGUGCUACUGUUUAUUGGUUUGCCUCAGUUUUGUGUUUUUUUUGAUUGAGGUUCUUAUAUAG